AUGCUCUUCAGCAGUCUAUUCGCCGCUGCGCUCUUCGCCUCUGCCUCCGUUGCAUCCCCAGUCGUCGCACCACAAGAGCUCAUCGUCUUCAACCCACCAAUCACGUCACCCAAAGCCUCAGUCGCCUGGCCGAAGGGUUCUGAACAGGUCAUUCGGUGGGACACCACCGGCAUCCCUUCCUCGAGAACAAGCACUACCGGGGUCGCUCUCCUCGGGCAUAUGAAGAACGGCAGUGAGAACCUUGAUAUUGAUCAUCCUCUCGCUGUUGGCUUCCCGCUGCAUGCCGGCUCUGUGAAGGUGAUCACGCCGAACGUUACCACACGAAAUGACUACUUUGUCGUCCUGUUUGGCGACUCUGGAAACAAGUCGCCAAAGUUCAAGAUCCACUAA